AUGGCAGAAGAAGCUGGAGCCGCUCCCUCAGCAGGGAAUGCCUCGACGGCAGAGGCGCAGGCAGAUGAUCGUGUGGCGUCCCACCAAUCUCUCAAUGCUGACAUUGAAACCAGAGUGAGGAGAAAAAUUGACACACAUGUGUUGCUGCUGCUGUGUUUUCUUUUCUUGCUUGCUUUUUUGGAUAGGUCAAAUAUUGGCAAUGCUCGAAUUGCCGGUAUGGAGGAUGACCUUGGGCUAGAUAGCGACAAGUACGAUUGGCUUCUUACCAUAUUCUACAUCGCCUAUAUCCUAUUUGAGCCUCUCAUUAUUGUAUUCAAGAUCUUGCCCACACGAAUAUGGAUUGCGAUACUUGUGCUCGGCUGGGGUAUUGCCGCUACAGCGCAAGCCGGCACUCAGUCCUGGGCCGGAAUGAUGGCUUGUCGCUUCUUUCUGGCGGCAUUCGAAGCUGGAUAUGGCCCCGGUGCCAUCUAUCUCCUGUCGUUUUUCUACCUGCGCGAUGAACUGGGGCUACGUAUAGGCAUCUUCUUCUCCGCGGCUCCCUUAGCGACUUGUUUUGCGGGUGCCUUGGCUUAUGGCAUCACAUCAGGACAUUCCAAACUUGCUGCUUGGCGUCUUUUGUUUCUCGUCGAAGGUGCUCCAGUCUUGGUCAUGGCCGUUGUGUCCUACUUUGCUAUGCCCAACAGCGCCCAUGAAGCAUGGUUCCUAACCGAGGACGAGAAGCGGGUUGCUUUGGCACGCCAAAUAAAGCAAGUUGGAAAAGGGAGUCGGGUGGGAUCCUUCAACUGGCAGGAAACGUUUGCCAUCUUGCUCGAUGCAAAAGCUUGGCUGACUGCCCUCAUGUAUUUCUCAUGCAAUGUUUCGUACUCAUCAUUGCCAGUUUUCUUGCCAACCAUUUUAAAAGACAUGGGUUUCUCCGGCUUGGACGCACAAGGUCUUUCUGCUCCGCCGUAUUUUCUCUCGUUCCUUGUAACAAUCACGACCACUUACAUCGCUGAUCGAACGCAGCAGCGCGGUGUUGUGGUCAUAUUGAUGGCAUUGCUAGGUGGCGCUGGAUACAUCAUGCUUGCUGCGGCAUCGACAACUGCGGUUCGUUAUGCUGGCGUCUAUCUCGCUGCAGCGGGAGUUUUCCCGACCAUCGCAAACAUUCUCCCCUGGGUCGUGAAUAAUCAAGGCAGUGACGAGCGACGGGGAGUCGGGGUGGUUAUUAUCAAUCUGUUGGGACAAUGCGGACCACUUCUGGGAACUAGAGUGUAUCCGCAAAAUGAACGGCCAGAUUACGUCAAAGGCCAUGGUAUCUGUGCCGCAUUUAUGUUCUUUGUCGCUCUUCUUGCUGUGGUUCUGAGAAUACUUUUGGCUUGGGAGAACAAGCGUCUAGCUGAAAAGUAUGACGGAAACGUAGCUACCGAUGGCAAUGAUGACGAGGGGGUCGAGAAUUACGGACCGAGGUUUAGAUACGUGCUUUAA